ACUCCUGAUUCAGUUUCAAACUAAAAGCAGAAGAAGGAGGACUGGAGGUCUGCCUUGUGUGGCUUCUUCUUCUCCUCCUCUGUUUCUGCAGGAUCUAAUUGAGACCAGAUGGUCUCUGUGCCAGACUCCACCGCCCGUGCGCUUGUUUUUAAACUUCUCUCCGACGUCACCAAACUUCCUCCGCUUCUCAUCACAUUUUAACUCUCCACUUUGACUUUCUGAGCGGAGUUGCAGUCCAGUUUAAUGGAUCUGUCGUCCCGGUAACGGUGCCGUUAGGAUUCCAGUGUGACUUUGAGUCUCCAGCUGACUGGGUGUCUGUGUUUUUGGGAAGCUGCUGCGGACUUUGGAUCGAGCCUAGGAUCAGCAGCAGGAUAAUUAGAGGAAUCAUAUGAUCUGAGUGAGAUGCAGUUCGGCUGCCCUGGAGCGAACUUCGCCGUGUCACCGCGCCUGUUUACGGCUCUUGUGCUUCUGUUUGGCUCCAUCCGCUGCGGACCAAGCGUCCGCCUCAAGAAUCCGUGUUUUUAACUUUCAGCCGUUCUCAAGGAAAGUUGUUUGGACUUAAAACAUGAGUUAACACUUGUUUCAGACUUUUCUGGAUCCAGUAGUGAAUUCGGCGUAAAUAUAAUCUACCUCAAGAAUUAGUGUGUUUUUAAAUUUCAACCGUUUUCAAUCAAAGUGUAUUGGACUUAAAAUCAUGAGUAAAUACUUUCAGAGUCUUAAUGAUCCAGUAUUAACUUCGGCAUGAAUAUAAUCGACUAGAAGGUUGUUUGUUCAAAUAAAACACUCUGUAACAGUCCCGUCGUCAGUGGAGAUGAAUCCGCUGAGCACAGAGCGUCCGCAUCUUAAAAUGUGCAUUUUUAAAUUUGAUUCGGUCUUUGUGAAAGUUGUUUGAACUUUAAAAAAUGAGUUAAUACUUUAACUUAAGGAUUCGGAUCCACUAGUGAAUUCGGCUUGAAUAUAAUACUUUAGAAAGCUUUUUAUUCUAAUAAAACACACUUUUUAACAGUCCUGCCGUCAGUUAUAUCCGCAUCCGCCUCAAAUAUCAGUGCGUUUUUAAAUUAGAUUCAUUCUUGGUGAAAGUGGUUUGGACGUCAACCAUGAGUUAAUACUUUUUUCAGACUCUUAUGGACCUACUGGUGAAUUCGGCUGUAUUUUAAUCCAUCAGAAGGCUUUUUAUUUAAAAAAAAAACACUUUUUAACAGCCCUGCCGACAGUGAGAUCCGCGUCCGCCUAAAGAAUCAGCGCGUUUUAAAAUUAGAUUCAUUCUUGGUGAAAGUGGUUUGGACGUAAAACAUGACUCCAUACUUUUUCAGACUCUGAUGGAUCCACUAGUGAAAUCGGCUUGAAUAUAAUCCAUCAGAACGCUCUUUCCCCCCAAUAAAAGCCUCUUUAUGUACGGACUAAAGCCAGCAGCCUUCAGUGCGGAGAGGAUGAGGACGUGAAGGGUCUUCCUCCCAUGCGGUGCCUCCUGGCUUCAGGCUGCGGGAUGCUGCUCCGCCGCCGGUGCUGCUCCGGUCCGCUGCUGCUGCUGCUCGGGGUGGGGGUGUGUCUCUUCUACCAGACCCUGAUGGUGGCACGGAACCGGCUCCGGUCCGGACACAACCAACCCGCCUCCGAUAUCUGCAGCAGAGAGCCCGAGGAUGUCCUGAUGGGGGACACCAGGAGGCUCAUUUCUGCCCUGGAGAGAGACACACAGAUGCAGGCCCGGUCCCAGCGCCCCCCCCGGCGCCGGGCCGUGGUUCUGACGGGUCGACAGCCGGUCUCGGACCCAGAGGUGCAGCUGUACCAGCAGGUCCUGCAGCAGAUGGACUACAACAUCCAGCUGUCCCGAUACGCCGAGACCAGCAGCUCCCUCCGGACUAACCACGGUGUGAGUGGGUGGAGCCUGCUGCUGUGUCUCAGCAGUGCGGAGAGAAGCUGUCUGAGGAGAGUCUCCUUCUCGCGGCUGCAGCGUCAUCAGACGGUGAACAUGUUGCCCGCGGUGAUGGAGGCGUUCUCUGACGCAGGUGGAGGUCUCUGUCACUUCCUCACUCAGUCUGAACGGACAGCAUCUGAAUUACCCAUGAGCCCACACGCCUGUGGACCGACCAAUCAGAAGCUGCGGCUUCCUGAGGGAGCAGACAGCCGCUCGCCUGUUGGUACCCCGCCACCCGCUCUGGUUGCCAUGGUGAAUGUUUACGUCCUGGUGACGUCGGUGAAGCCGCUGACUUCCUUCCUGCACGACAUCACCGUCGUGACGACCAAUCAGGAGCGGCGGGGACGGCCCACAAAGCUCAGGAACUUCCUGCUGCAGCAGUUUGGACCAAACGCUUCCCAUGAUGCGUUGGGGCAGACGAAGAAGGUGAUCGGGGAAGUUCUGCAGGCCGCCGUGUCGACCAAUCAGAAGCAACAACCUUUCAGCAGGUGUGUGUUGUGUUUCCAGCUCUUGACGUUCUCUCUGCUCUUCAGCGGCUCCAUCACACCGCUCAUCGUCCAGGUGGAAACUGAGCUGACGUUUUCUUCUCUGAGCGGUGACACGUUUGACAGACAGAUCACCAAAGACGGGAUCCUGGAGGACACGCUGCACUUCCUGUUCCUGUCUGAGACGCAGACAGAACGGAGACAGUACGGUGGCUGUAGAGGGACACACGGCGUCUGUUUGUCAGAAGACGAGUUUCUUCUCCUGCGUCAGUUUCAGCAGCAGAUGAAGACGCCUUCAGCUUUUCAACUGCUGUUUCCCAGCAUCAACUCUUCCUCCUCUUCCUCCUCCUCUUCCUCCUCCUCUUCCUCUUCCUCCUCCUCUUCCUCCUCUUCCUCCUCCUCCGGUCCUCUCAGCGUCUCAGAUCUUCAGAUCAGGAUCGGCCGUCACUACGAGCUCCAGAGGAACAGAACUGAUAAGACAGACGAACGGACCAAUCAGGAGUCAGCGAUGUCUUCCUCACAUGACGGGUCUGAAGAUCGAGGUGCGUGUGUGGACCCCCACCUCAGACAGAUCUACACCGACCCCCCCCUCACUCUCACCCCCCCCUUCAGCCCCUCGGUGAAGGAGUAUCGGGCCGAGGUCACCUUCGACACCGUGACGGUUCGAAUCCUGCCGCAGCCAAUCAGCGCCGCCUGCCGAGUUCACUUGGACGAACACCGAGGCCCCAGGAUGGCGAACUACCCGGUCGGCCUCGGCAACAGUCGGAUCAGCAUCCUGGUGACGGACGACUCCCAAAAGGAGCCCGUCGUCAUGACGAUCUACACCGUGCAUGUGUACCGCGAGAGCCGACCCAGCCUGCCCAUGUUUGGGGAUCAUGUGAUGUGCAGCUUCGUGCAGGACUGUGGUCUGCUGGUUCAGCCCGGUCGGUCCUGUGGUCUCCAGCCUUUCAUCCAGACUCAGAGUCCACUUCAGACCUGCACAUCUGGACACCAUCCAGGUCGGUGGGUGGUCCCGUGUCUCAGCUGUUCCGACAACAGGACGUGUGAUUGGAGGGAGGUUGCCUGGCAACCAGACGGCUGUUACCACCCGCUAGUGGACCGCCGCCGGCUGCAGGACUGUCUGACCGACAGGAAGGUUUUGUUCAUCGGGGACUCGACCAACCGAGGGAUGAUGUACUUCCUGAUGGAGCGGGUGAACUCCAGCCUGGAGGUCUGGGGGAAGGCCCACGACACGCUGGUCUACGGGAACCUGAACGCCCGCCGCACGCUGGUCAGCUACUCUUACUAUCCUCAGUUCUGGUUGGAGAAGAGCCGGAGACCGAGCUUCAGACAGGCCCUGCUGCAGCUCAUCCACAGGUCCCGGCCUCUGGGGAACUCUAACCGGACGGUUCUGGUUCUGGGAGGAGUCCAGUGGCUCAACACGGACCACCUGAGGACCGUCAGAGACGUGCUGGACAGAGAGUCUCUCGGGGAGAUCGUGGUGGUGGUGAAGUCUCUGGGGAUGGGCUUCCAUCUUCCUGUAGACGGGAUCCGAUCGCUCACUCUGAAAGAGAUCCAGGACCUCGACAGACAGAACCGUGACAUCAUCGCGAGAAAGACAUGGAUACGAGACAAUUUUUGGUCCAACGCUCCGUCCUCGACUAACCGGACCUCACCAGAGCUCAGCAGCCAAUCAGAUGCGCGGGACACAGCCCAGGAGGCGGGGCCUAAAGCCUCGGCCUAUCACGUGAGAGGAGCAGUAAACCAGGUGUACUCAGAGAUCCUGCUGAGCCGCCUGUGUCCCAAAGACACCUCUCAGAGCUGA